GUCAGAGCAAAAGUCUCUGUCCGAGCUCUGACCUAGAAACCCCCCCUCCCGGGUAGGUAGGUAGUUACAUAAGGUACCUUAGGUAAUGUGCUUCGACAUUUUGACCGACGGGUACCUCUCCGAAGUACCUUAUCCCUUCAAUACCUCACCGACGACCACGACGACCGCGACGAUAACCUCAAGACCACUCGAUCCCCUCGCAAUCUUACAACCUCCUCCCCUCUCGUCUUAAGGCCCGCGUGGGUCAUUUUUACACAGGAUUCUGCGGUCCCAUUGAAGCUGAAGCCAUUACAUAGGCCGUUGUGUGGAUGGGACUUCCCCUUCUUCUUCUUCCUCACUCACUGAUCGAAUUCGUCGCCUCGUAUUAUUCUUGACCGAAUUCUCCGGCGACUCCCUAUUCCCCUUUGACGACAUGUUCAUGAUAUAAGUCGACAUAUUAUAUAACUCUCAAUCAAGAAUGGCCAUUGAUGAUGGUGCAUCGAGUGACGCCCUUGGGAGGGGUCCGUUCGAUAUCAUCGAGAGCUCACAUUUGUCCUAUAUUAUCCCAAAAGCGACCAACCUAGACCUAGAGGAAGCCUCUCAAGAUGCUGACGACACGGGGAAUCUUUUUGACGCCAUAGAGAAACGCCAAGAACUCUUCUUUGACGAAACUGUCGACGUACACCUCAUACUACGCGCUCCUUUACUCGACGAGGCAACGUUGCGCUCCUAUCUGACCCGGUUACACAUUUCCCUCGAAGCCCAAGUGGUGAACGGCCAAUCGGCUGGGAAAGACACCCCGCCUGCAUCCGACACCAUCUUCGAAGGCGUCGUUGAGGACACCGACGACCCGUUCAUCGUCGUCAAUGCCGCCGAGGACAGCGACGACGAAGAUGGCGAAGACCACCCGCAGCAGCAACCGCACAUCUACGCCGUCUGGAAACUGUCCGUGUUUCUUGCCAGACCGCGGGUCCGCCUCCAGAGCCCAUCCGUCGUCUUCCGAGCUUCGGCGAAUCUGAAACCAGCGGAUGCGACGGGCAGCCCCUUUGGAGGCACGAACGACGGGUACAUGCGUAGCGGAGUCCCGGCCGGCCUCAACCUGCUCGAGUCGUUCAACGCAGACCCUGCGCUGGGCGGCGUCACGCCCCGCCUCUCUGCUCUCCGCGUCUCCCGCGUGGCUCCCGUCACCCAGACGCGGGGUCUUAUGAAGCCCUUACGUGCCCAGCCCAGCCUGAAACUCAACAUCUUCCCGGCCAUCCACACGAGGGUGCGCUUUUCCCGCCCCAACACCAUCCCGCCAAGCCCCGCCCUGAUCGCAAUGUUGGAGGUCGAUUUCACAUCUCACAUCGAGGACGCCGGCAUCCGUAUCCGUUUAGACAAGGUCACCUUGACUGCGCAGGACACUGUUGUCCAAGACCUCAACUACCAUGCCGGACUGUCCCUACCCCAUAAAUGCGCGGCGCAUGACCACGUCACGCUCUUGUACCGCCUGGCGCCCGCGCAAGCCGAAAUGCUGACCAGAUCCCCGACCCGCAACCUCGACGUCUCCAUCGAAGCCACCAUGGAAGACGACUCCGGCAUCUGCACCCCCAAGCUCACGCUGGCGUGGACCACCAACCUCGACUUCACCCUCCCCGUCAACCCGGGCUUCGGCUCCGCCACGCAGCCGCCCCUCCAACGCGCCCACCGCCCCUCCCAGCUCUCCAUCAGCGGUUCCGAGUCCCUGAUCGCCCCGGCCGUGAGCCGCCCGGACGCCCUCCCGGCCCUUGAAGCCGCCACCGCCCGAAGCACCGAGACCACCAUCCCGGACCUGGGUCUCACCAUGACCAUUUGCGCACCUCCGGGGCCUCUGUUCCCGGGCGAACCAUUCACAUGGACUAUCUACGUCGUUAACCGCGCCGGCGUAGGCAAGGCUGCAGCUGGUGGUGGUGGUGGUGGUGGUGGUGGUGCUGCUGCUGCUGCUGCAGCUACUGCCACGGCGGCGCCACCUGGCCGCAAGCUGGCUCUCCUGGCGCUCCCGAAGCGCAGGCGUACCGAUGUACGCGUCGUUCGCCCGCCCUCCGCCGCGGAGAAGGGCAAGACGGCCGCCGACCGCCGGAAAACCGCCGAUGCCGUGUUGGACGAGAACGUCGUGCAUGCCAUGCAACGGAACUCGCUCGUCGAUGCCGCUGAUGUCGUGUGUCUGAGUCCUGACACGCGGGUUGGGCCGCUCGCCCCCGGGGCCUGUCAUGUGGUGGACCUCAAGUUCGUCGCCCUGCGGGCAGGGAUCGUCGGCAUGGAGGCGAUCAGGGUGGUUGACCUGGGAACGCAGGAACAUGUUGAUGUUCGUGAGUUGCCAAUUAUGGUUGUGGAUGAUCUAAAGGCCGAAGAAGAUGGAGCGGAGGAUUAGGGGGGUAGGAGUCCGAUAAUUCAAGUUCAACGCGCGUCAAGUUAGGUAUGGAGGCCCCCCCCCUUUGCUUAAUCAAGAGCUAUCUACCUACCGUUUGUGCCUUGGAUCCCGCUAUCCUUGACGCCCCUUCCCGUCCCUAGCUUUGAAACCGAGAGAGCGCCAGACAGAAUGGCUACGCGGGGGGCCAUAUAAUCCACGCCCGUGAGAAUUUCCACCCAAACCCACACUCCCCGUACGCCCCAUGCAAUAUAAUACUUCGAAAACCCCAU